GCGUUUAAACCGAACUAAAUGCAAAAUGGCUGCGCCCACAAGAAAAACAGUAGAAUUUUUCUACGAUGUUGUUUCUCCUUACACGUGGUUUGCAUUCGAGGUGCUUUGCAGAUACAAGAAUGUGUGGAACAUAGACUUGAAGUUGAAACCAUUUUUCCUUGGAGGGAUUAUGAAUGAAGCAAGUAACAGACCUCCUGCAAUGGUACCCAACAAAGGAAAAUACUUGUUCCAAGAAAUACAACUAUUGGCAAAGUAUUUUAAUGUUCCUGUGGUGCCUCCUAAGGAUCCAGCAGAGGUUAUGUUUGUGAAGGGGUCACUGCCUACCCAGAGGUUUAUCACUGCUGUUGACCUCCUUGAUAGUUCUAAGGUUGAGCCUGUGUCCAGGGAGCUCUGGAUGAGAAUCUGGAAUAGGGAUGAAGAUAUUAUAGACCCUGACAGUCUGAAACAGGCUGGACUUAAAGCUGGUUUAACAGAUGAACAAAUAAAAACUUGCCUACAAAGAAUGAAGGAACAGCCUAUAAAGGAUAGACUGAAACAAUACACAAAUGAAGCACUAGAAUACGGGGCAUUUGGUUCCCCCACAAUCAUUGCUCAUGUUGGAAAGCCAGUCAUGUUGUUUGGUUCUGACAGAUUUCCUAUACUUGCACAGUUAUUAAAUGAAAAAUGGGAUGGACCAAUUCCAGGGAGCAAACUGUGAUAUUUACAUUCAUUGAAAUGUUUUAGUAUUAAAUUGUUCAUGUAAGCUAGUCUUAUGACGUGAAUUAAUUCAAGUAGCGCAUGGAUCUUGCAGGUAUACUUGUGACAGUGGCCAUGGUGGCUUCAUUCUUUUAAUAUGUCCGAAAUAGAGUGAAACUGUCAAGUGGUACUAAUUUCACUCUGGUUAUUUCAUUUAGACCACGGCUGCCUCUUACAUCCUUAGCAAGGCACUCGGACUAUUUGUUUAGAAUAUAAAACUUUAACUUGAAACUAAACAGUUAAAUUCUUAUAAAUGUGUAUUUGAAAUUUUUUGUACUAUCCUUUAGGACAUUUCUGGUUGAUUUGGAUUUCUGAAUUACUGUGAUAUUUAUUUUAAAAGUCACUAUAUGUUCUUUAUAGAAGUGCUCCGAAGUUGAAAAGGAUAGGUAUUUGAAAACAGUUCUGUGAUUUGCCAAAAGUUACAAUAUUGUGAUAAUAUUAUAAAUGCCUAGUAUUAAUAUUAAUAAAGUGAUUAUAUAAGAA